GUGCAAGCUCCGGGUGGAGGCGGCCGAGCGGGAAUCCAGGCCGUCCCGAGGUCCCGCCGAGCCCGAGAGCACAGCGGCCAUGGUCAGCGCGGCGCCGCCGGGCACCUGACCCCCGGGACGCGAGCCGCGAGACGCCGACGGAAGGUAGGCGAGGGCCGGGCCACCGCACCCGGGGUCGGUGCUGCACGCCUGCGGGUUUCCAGGGACCCGAGACCCGCCCUCUGGUCACACCUUCGCGACCUGCGGCGCCCCCGGCUGAAAGCUGCUACUGUGAGCCGGUCCGGGAGCGGAGUGCAGUCCCCGAGGGAGCAGGAAGGGUGUUUGUUCUGUCGGUGCAGGCAGCCCCAAGAUUCAGGAGCCGUUUGCAGCCCUUAAAGUGGAGAUUUUUAGAAGGUGAGCGUUGUGGGCUAUGGGAUGGAUGAGGUGGAGCAGGAUCAGCAUGAGGCCCGACUCAAGGAGCUGUUUGACAGUUUCGACACUCUGGGAACUGGGUCUCUGGGUCAGGAGGAGCUCACCGACCUCUGCCACAUGCUGAGCUUGGAGGAUGUGGCCCCCAUGCUGCAACAGACGCUGCUUCAGGACAACCUCUUGGGCAGGGUGCAUUUUGAUCAAUUCAAAGAAGCAUUAAUACUUAUCUUGUCUAGAACUCUGUCCAAUGAAGAGCACUUUCAAGAAUCAGACUGCUCGCUCGAAGCUCAGCCCAAAUAUGUUAGAGGUGGGAAGCGGUAUGGACGAAGAUCUUUACCUGAGUUUCAAGAGUCGGUGGAGGAGUUCACAGAGGUGACAGUGCUCGAGCCAUUAGAUGAAGAAGCGAGACCAUCACACAUCCCAACUGGUGACUGCACUGAGCACUGGAAGACGCAGCACAGCGAGGAGUAUGAAGCUGAAGGCCAGCUAAGGUUUUGGAACCCAGAUGACCUGAAUGCUUCACAGAGUGGAUCUUGCCCUCCCCAAGACUGGAUAGAAGAGAAACUACAAGAGGUUUGUGAAGAUCUGGGCAUCACUCGAGAUGGUCACCUGAACCGGAAGAAGCUGGUCUCCAUCUGUGAGCAGUAUGGCUUGCAGAGUGUUGAUGGAGAGAUGCUUGAGGAAGUAUUUCAUAAUCUCGAUCCUGAUGGUACGAUGAGUGUUGAAGACUUUUUCUAUGGUUUGUUUAAAAAUGGAAAAUCCCUCACACCAUCAGCGUCUACACCCUAUAGACAACUAAAAAGGCAUCUCUCCAUGCAGUCCUUUGAUGAAAGUGGGCGUCGGACCACAGCUCCAUCAGCAAUGACAAGUAGCAUUGGCUUCCGGGUCUUCUCCUGCCUGGAUGAUGGGAUGGGCCAUGCAUCUGUGGAGAGAAUUCUGGACACCUGGCAGGAAGAGGGCAUUGAGAACAGCCAGGAGAUCCUGAAGGCCUUGGAUUUCAGCCUGGAUGGAAAUGUCAACCUGACAGAAUUGACACUGGCUCUGGAAAAUGAACUUUUGGUCACCAAGAAUGGCAUUCACCAGGCAGCUCUGGCCAGCUUCAAGGCUGAGAUCCGGCAUUUGCUGGAACGAGUUGAUCAAGUAGUCAGAGAAAAAGAGAAGCUACGGUCAGACCUGGACAAGGCUGAGAAACUCAAGUCUCUGAUGGCUUCAGAGGUGGACGACCACCAUGCGGCCAUUGAGCGGAGGAACGAAUACAACCUCAGGAAACUGGAUGAAGAGUACAGGGAGCGCAUAGCAACUUUAAAGAAUGAACUCCGGAAGGAGAGAGAGCAGAUCCUGCAGCAGGUGGGCAAGCAGCGUGUGGAACUCGAGCAAGAAAUUGAAAAGGCCAAAACUGAAGAGAACUACAUCCGGGACCGCCUUGCCCUCUCCCUGAAGGAAAACAAUCGCCUCGAAAAUGAGCUUCUGGAAAAUGCCGAGAAGUUGGCAGAAUAUGAGACUCUGACAAACAAACUUCAGCGCAAUUUGGAAAACGUGUUAGCAGAAAAGUUUGGUGACCUCGAUCCCAGCAGUGCCGAAUUCUUCCUUCAAGAAGAGAGGCUGACACAGAUGAGAAACGAGUAUGAGCAGCAGUGCAGGGUUUUACAAGACCAAGUGGAUGAACUCCAGUCUGAGCUAGAAGAAUACCGUACACAAGGCAAAGUAUUCAAGCUCCCCUUGAAGAACUCGCUAUCGGAAGAACUUAGUGUUAACUGUGGUGGCAUAGAGCCUGGCCAGGGGCUUGAUUCUGAAGAGUGCAACCCACUGAAUAUGAGCAUUGAAGCAGAGUUGGUCAUCGAGCAGAUGAAAGAACAGCACCACAGGGACCUGUGUCACCUGAGACUGGAGCUUGAAGAGAAAGUGCACUGUUAUGAAAAGGAGCUGGAUGAAACCAGGAUCACCCAUGAAAAGGAGCAGGAGGCCAUGAAGCAAAAGUAUGAGCAUGGAAUGCACACCUUGGAGAAACAGAUAAGUGACCUUAGAAGUGAAAUUGCAGACCUUCAAGGGCAGGCCGUGGUGCUGAAGGAGGCCCUCCACAGCACCACCUGCAGGCACGAGGAGGAGAAAAGACAACUACAAAUGGUGUUUGAUGAGGAAAAGACUCAGCUACGUGAGGAGCUAAGGCUGGAGCAUGAGCUGGAGCUCAAGGCCAGACUGGAGCAGGCAGAGGAAAGCUUUCACCAAGAGAGAGAGGGACUUACUCAGGGUAGCUCCUGGACCGAAGAGAAGGUGAGAGGCUUGACUCAGGACCUGGAGCGAUCUUUCCAGGAGCAGCUGCAAAGCCUGGUGCAGAAGCAUGCUGUCGAGAAAGAGGAGCUGAGGAGAGAGCUCUUGGAACUUCACCAACAGGGACUUCAAGAAGAAAGGGAAAAAGUGGAAACAGAGUGUGAUAGAAGAACCUCUCAGAUAGAAGCCCAGUGUCGGGCUGACUGUGAGAAAGUCACCAAGAGAUAUGAACAAGCUCUGCAAAACCUGGAGGGGCGCCACUGCCAAAAGCUCAAGGACCUCCUGGAGCAGCACCUGGAGGAGAGGGCCCAGUGGGAAUUCGAGAAGGAUGAGCUCACUCAGGAGUGUGCAGAAGCCAAGGAGCAGCUGAAGGAGACACUCCAGAGAGAGCGAGCAACUUCUCUGGUCCUGAGCCAGGAGAGGGAGAUGCUGGAGAAGACAUACAAAGAACAUGUGAACAGCAUGGUUCUUGAAAGAGAGCAGCUGCUCCAAGACCUGGCAGACCUACGGCAUGUGUCUGAGAGCCAGCACAGCCUCCUCUCGGACCAGAUACUUGAGUUGAAGAAAAGUCACGAAAGAGAGCUAAGGGAGCGAGAGCGGGUGCUGGGCCAGGCAGGGGCCUCUGAGCAGCAGGCCAGCCAGUGGCUUGAAAGUCUAGAAUGUGAGCAAGAGAGGCAAGAGAUGGCAGGCAAGCUUAUGGCCCUGGAGAGUGCCCACAGAGUGACUCUUGAGGAAGCAGAACGAGAGAAGGCAAAGAUGAGUGCAGAAAUCUGCCAGCUGCAGAGUACAAUAAAGGGCAUGCAGCGGGUAGCGUCUCUCCCCAUGCUUCAGGCUGGCUGUCGGGCGAUGGCAGGGGAGGAGGCAGAAGGAAAUGGAGCCAUGACCCUGCUUCAGCAAGGGGAGCAGCUAUUGGAAGAAAAUGGAGACGUCCUCAUCAGCCUGCAAAGAGCUCAUGAGCGCGCAGUGAAGGAAAAUGCAAAAAUGGCGACUGAAAUUUCUAGAUUGCAACAGAAGCUGAAAAAAUUAGAGCCAGGGUCAGUGAUGUCAUCUUGUUUAGAGGAGCAAAUGACCGAGAUUUCUGGAAGUUCUGUGGAAGAAGCAAAACCAUUUUUAUCACAAAUGAAGCAAGUAGAAAGUGUAAGCACCAAGCACAUCCUGAGUGACCUGGGAGACCAUGAGGCCCAAGACCUGGGGAGUACAGGGACAAGCUCUGUCGAGAGGCAGGAGGUUAAAAUUGGGGAGUCUGAAGUUUCCCUAGAGUGCUUUUCUGAGCUUGAAAAUAGUGAAGACACCAGGACUGAGUCCUGGGACCUGAAGAAUCAGGUGAGUCAGCUUCAGGAGCAGCUAAUGGUCUUACAUGCAGACUGUGACCGAGCUUCUGAAAAGAAACAGAACCUACUUUUUGAUAUUUCAGUGCUGAAAAAGAAAUUAAAGAUGCUUGAGAGAAUCCCAGAUGCAUCUUCCAGGUAUAAGUUGUUAUAUGAAGAUGCUGCUAGAGAGAGCGACUGUCUUCAGGAGGAGCUGAGAGUGAUGGAGACACGCUAUGACGAGUCGCUGGAAAACAACAAAGAACUCACCACCGAAGUUCUCAGGUUGCAGGAUGAGUUGAAGAAGAUGGAGGAGGUGACAGAAACGUUCCUUAGCCUGGAAAAGAGUUACGAUGAGGUCAAAGCAGAGAAUGAGGAGCUGAAUGUUCUGGUGCUGAGACUUCAAGGGAAGAUUGACAAGCUACUGGAAGGAGCCACCCCGCAGUAUGACAGCUACUCUUUGUGGGAAGCCCCUUUAGGAAACCUGGAGGUCAACUCGGAUGAAAACGUGCUUGAACUCAGUCAGACCCCAGAAGAGCGUGUGCCAAAGCUUACGAGCCGGCACCAUAUCAUAAAACAGUGUCAGCAAGAAACCGAGUGCUGUGAGCCAGGAAGCACACGGCUCCUGGCUAGAGUAAAAGCACGUGAAAUUGCCUGGUUCCGCAGAACAAUUCACACACAAGAAAAGCCCAGAGUGCAGAGUCAAGUUAUCCUGGAGGAAAACACUGCUCUCCUAAGCCUUCAAGACACACAUUUUCAACAACAGGCCACGAUAGCAGAGUUAGAACUGGAGAAACAAAAGCUACAGGAGCUGACUAAGAAGUUGAGGGAACGAGUCACAACUUUAGUUAAGCAAAAAGAUGCACCUUCUCAGGGAGAGAAGGAGGAAGAGCUGAAGGCAAUGAUGCAUGACUUGCAAAGCACGUGCAGUGAGAUGCAGCAGAAAGUUGAACUUCUGAGAUACGAAUCUGAAAAGCUUCAAGAGGAAAAUUCUAUUUUGAGAAAUGAAAUUACUACUUUAAAUGAAGAAGACAACAUCUCCAACCUGAAAUUAGGGGAAUUAAAUGGAUCUCAGGAAGAAUUGUGGCAAAAAAUAGAAACUGUGAAACAGGAAAAAGCUGCGAUUCAGAAGAUGGUUGAAAAUUUAAGGAAACAGGUUUCAGAUUUAAAAAUCAAAAACCAACAGUUGGAUUCAGAAAAUACAGAACUCAGCCAAAAGAACUCCCAAAACAAGGAAGAACUGCAAAAACUUAAUCAACGUCUGGCAGAAAUGCUAUGCCAGAAGGAAAAGGAGCCAGGAAAUAGUACAUUUGAGAAAUGGGAACGAGAAAAUUCUAUUCUGAAAGAAGAGCUGGACCGCUGUAAAGUGCAGUCCUCCACUUUGGUGUCUUCUCUGGAAGCAGAACUUUCUGAAGUAAAACUCGAGACCCACGUUGUGGAACAGGAAAACUUCCUUCUCAAAGAUGAACUGGAGAAAAUGAAACAGCUGCACAGAUGUCCUGAUCUCUCUGACUUCCAGCAAAAAAUGGCUAGCAUUCUAAGCUACAAUGAAAAUCUGCUGAAAGAAAAAGAAGCUCUAAGAGAAGAGCUGAAUAGCUGUGUAGAUAAGUUGACAAAAUCGAGCCUUUUGGAGCACAAAAUUGCUACAGUGAAGGAGGAGCAGAAGUCUUGGGAGCAUCAGAAUGAGAGCUUAAAGUCACAGCUGGUGGCAUCACAGGAAAAGGUUCAGAAUUUAGAAGACAUCCUGCAGAAACUAAACCUUCAAAUGUCUCAGAUUAAAUCCGACCUCCAAGUGACUCAGCAGGAAAAGGAGGCGUUAAAACAAGAAAUGGUGUCAUUGUGCAAACAACUUCAGAAUGCUGGUGGCAAGAACUGGGCCUCAGAAGCAGCAGCCCCUCUGUCAGAGCUUCAGAGCCAGAAAAAGACACUAUCCUGGGACAAGCUGGAUCAGCUGAUGAACGAAGAACCACAGCUGCUUUGGCAAAAGAAUGAGCGACUCCAGACCAUAGUGCAGAACACCAGAGCAGAGCUCACACACUCCAGGGAGAAGGUCCGUCAACUAGAGUCCAACCUUCCUCCCACCAAACACCAAAAACAGCUAAACCAGUCAGGUACUGUGAAACCUACUGAACAAGAAAAAUUGAACUUACAGAGAGAGUGCGGGCAGCCUCAGAAAGAACAGUCUCCUCCUGGCAGGAAGGUCAGCCAGAUGAGUUCCCUUGAGCAAGAGUUAGAAACAAUUCAUUUGGAAAAUGAAGGUCUGAAAAACAAACAGGUGAAACUGGAUGAGAAGCUAAUGGAGAUGCAGCCUCUGAGGUCCACUGUGACGCUUAGCCCAUCUCCUCACUGGGAUCUGCAGCUGCUCCAGCAGCAAGCCUGUCUGAUGGUGCCCAGGGAGCAGUUUCUGCAGCUUCAGCAGCAGCUGCUACAGGCAGAAAGGAGAAGCCAACACCUGCAGGAGGAACUGGACAACAGGACCUCCGAAACCAACACACCACAGGGAAGCCAGGAACACCUAGUAACUCUCAUGGAAGAACGAAUGAUAGAAGUUGAACAGAAAUUGAAACUGGUGAAAAGGCUUCUUCAGGAGAAAGUGAAUCAGCUCAAAGAACAGCUCUGCAAAAAUACAAAAACAGAUGUGAUGGUGAAAGAUUUGUAUGUUGAAAAUGCCCAGUUGUUAAAGGCUCUGGAAAUGACAGAACAGCGACAGAAAACAGCAGAGAAGAAAAAUUACCUCCUAGAAGAAAAGAUCGCCAGCCUCAGCACCAUUGUCAGGAGCCUGGCUCCGGCACCACUGGCUUCCGUGCUUCCUCUGAGGUCAUAGCCACACCAAAGGAUGCAUUUGUGCACACUGUACUGAAGUACCGGGACAUUUCCACAGGUUCUCCAAACCUCCUUAUUACAACACUUCCAAUGGCUUACAGUUAAGCCUACCCUAAAUCUGCCAGCAGCGAAAUUAGAGUCUCCAAAUAGAUACUCAUAGGAAUUCCACAGAUCACAUAGUUUGCUAUUUAAAUUAUCCACAAGCUUUGAAUUUUAAGUAUUCUACGAAUAGCUACCAAGAAAGAAAAUAUAUGCAAAUAAUUUAAGAACCUUGAAAUCCCAGUUUUUAAUGUUUUUUAAUUACAAUUAUAUAUCAAGCUGUCAUUACAGUCCAGAUUUUUUAAAUUACAAUGGUUAUAAUUUUCAUUUAAAAAACAAAUUUAUAUGUUAACAUUUAAAUACUGAAGUCAUUCUGUUUAUAGUAGUUUUGGUUCUUUGAAUUAAUUGAUAGACUGUAAUGCUGUUUUAAAGAAGGUUUGUCUCAGUAACCACUGAGAUUAGAAAAGUCUAAGUUUGUAGACUUCUUACCUUCUGACACCUAUUCUUGCUGUAUCAUAGAUUGAGAAGUGAGUGAUUCACCUGUACUCUUAGUGAUGAAGCUUUGCUUUCUUUCACAGCCUUUUUCUCCUCCACUUAUAGGGGGUUUUUUUGGUGGGGGAGGACCUUGUCUUCUAAGAAAUAGAUGCAUUUGAACUACAGUUAGAGCAUUGAACAGAUCAUUGAAUGCCACUCUUGGAAGAGGACCUGGGAUUCUCCUUUCUCCAAAGCCUUGGAGUUCACGGCCAUACCUUUGAGGUCACACCAAGAACUCAGGGAACAAUUUUUUCAACUGUCUUCCUGAACUGCUGCCCAGCCUCUUUAAAAAUUUGACAUGUAUAAACCAUGUAACCUUAUUUAUUUGUCUUAUGUAUUUACAGCCAUAAAUUUUUAUGUCUAUAUUUUAGUGCACUUAUUUGUCUGAAAGGCCUUGACUUUAGAGUUAAAAAUGUCUUCUAACUUAUAGUAGAGUUUCUGCCAUUUGUUUAAUACAAGUCAAGAUUUCUAUGCUUCUAGCCUUUUGAUACCUCAAGUCUGAACAUUAGAAUUUCAUGCUGUGGAAAACAAUGGGAAUGCCAUUGGAGGUGAAGAAUGCCAAAUGGGACUUUGCACUCAUUCUCAAGACCCCAGAAUUACAGAACGAUAAACCUAAGUAUACCCACACAUGCACGUGGAGGGCUUAUCAGAUGCGGGACUACCAAAGCUCAUCUCAACCACCUGCUUGUUUUUAUAGGGAGAGAAGUUAAAUAAAAAACUUCCCUUUACAAGAGAAAAGUUAGCAUUGCUUUAUGGCAGGAACACAAGAUAAGGCAAACUGCCUGAAAAGUCAUGUGAUAUGAGAAACUCAACCAAGUAAUUUCCGUCAAGAAAUUUUACAAUUCCUUGUGGCCUAACUGCCCACUCUGCCAGCCCAGGGAACCACAGCUACUAUUACCAGAAAGUCCUGAUCCCCUCCCCCACCCGCCACCUCUGGAAAAAGAAUUAAUUUUAAUCAUUCCCUGUAAUUAUAUAUCAAAAUACUUGACAUCUGCUCUCAUUCUUCCCCCAAAUCUUUCGUCUCAACUGCUUAUAUGGCAUUAGCUUUAACAGGAAUCUUUGUUCUUAAAUUGUGGAUAAGCCUAGGCUAAGGUCAAAGACUGAGCCUCUAUGCAGUGCUUAUGUGAGAUGCCUCAGGUCACUCAAGGUUAAUGCCACUGGAAUUGAUCAAGCUUAUUUCUCCAACAGUUGGUUUAGUUUUGUAAUUUUUAUUUUUUAUAUUAUGAAAAGUAUAGGUUAAUGUUUUUAUAAAUUUGUAUUUAUGUGUAUAUAAAGUGAUGUACAAUGACUGUAAAUAGGACUUUAAAAAAAUUUUAAACCAUGUUUAGAAUCCUUUUAUGCAAAAUCAGAAUGCUACUUCAAUGAAAAUUAAUUUAGCUCACAUUUAUGUAUUUAUUUCUUGCUCUACCCCACUUAUGAAGUAAGGGAAAGAGAUCACUAUGAUAAAUAUUAUUCAGAUACUUAAAUUUAUACAUUUAUGCAACAGGUUUUUUAAUUUUUUUAUUGGGGGGGUUCUUUUAAGAUGGGGUCUCACUAUGCAGCCCAGGCUGGCCUAGAUAUCAAAACAGUCUUUUCUUUUCUUU